GAGGUUCCCACGCGGUCUCGCAGCGGCUCUCUGAACGACUCACGGGGGAAGGCCCGGAACACGAUGAACAAACUGAACUUCCACAAUAACAGAGUCAUGCAAGACCGCCGCAGCAUCUGCAUUUUCCUCCCCAACGACGACUCCCUCAAUAUCAUCAUCAACGUUAAAAUUCUGUGCCAUGAACUGCUAGUUCAGGUGUGCGACCUGCUCCGACUGAAAGACUGUCACCUUUUCGGACUCAGCGUCAUACAGAAUAAUGAGCACGUCUACAUGGAAUUGUCCCAGAAGCUCUACAAAUACUGUCCAAAAGAGUGGAAGAAGGAAGCGAGCAAGGGUAUCGACCAGUUCGGCCCCCCAAUGAUCAUCCACUUCCGCGUGCAAUAUUAUGUGGAAAACGGCAGGCUGAUCAGCGACAGAACCGCCCGUUAUUAUUAUUACUGGCACCUGCGGAAGCAAGUCCUGCGUUCCCAAUGCAUGCUGCGCGAGGAGGCCUAUUUCCUGCUGGCGGCUUUCGCACUGCAGGCCGAUCUGGGCAACUUCAAAAGGAACAAGCACUUCGGGAAAUACUUCGAGCCUGAGUCGUACUUCCCUGCCUGGGUGGUUGCGAAGCGAGGGAAGGAGUAUAUCCUGAAGCACAUCCCCAUCAUGCACAAGGACCAGUGCGCACUGAGCGCCUCCGAAGCCCACCUGAAGUACAUCAAGGAGGCUGUGCGGCUGGACGACGUGGCCGUGCAUUACUAUAGGCUGUAUAAGGACAAAAAAGAAAUCGAGGCCUCUUUGACCCUUGGGCUCACCACGCGUGGGAUACAGAUAUUCCAGAACGUCAACAGUGAAAAGCAGCUGCUUUUCGACUUCCCUUGGACGAACGUUGGCAAGCUUGUCUUUGUGGGAAAGAGGUUCGAGAUCCUUCCCGACGGCUUGCCCUCGGCCCGCAAGCUCACCUAUUACACGGGCUGCCCGAUGCGCUCCCGGCACCUCCUGCAGCUGCUGAGCAACAGCCACCGCCUCUACAUGAACCUGCAGCCAGUCCUGAGACAGAUCCGGAAGCUAGAGGAGAAUGAAGAGAAGAAGCAGUACCGGGAGUCCUACAUCAGCGACGCCCUGGACCUUGACAUGGACCAGCUGGAGAAGCGGUCCCGCGCCAGCGGCAGCAGCUCUGGCAGUGUGAAGCACAAGCGCCUCUCCCGCCACUCCACCGCCAGCCACAGCAGCUCCCACACAUCCGGGAUCGAGGCCGACCCCAAGCCCCGGGACCGCGGGGCGGAGGACGACUUCCUGCCGGCCGCCAUUCACCGCAAACUGAGGGCCUGCAGCUCAAUGACCAGCCACGGCAGCUCACACACCUCCGGCGUGGAGAGUGGGGAAAAGGAGCGGCUGGAGGAGGACUCCCAAGAUGACGAAAUAGAAAUGUUGGUUGAUGACCCCCGGGACCUCGAGCCGACAAGCGAAACGUCUCUGGACGACGUUAGCCCCGACGUCUGCAUUUAUAUUACGGAGGACAUGCUGAUGGCCAGGAAGUUUAAUGGGCAUUCAGGUUUGGUUGUCAAAGAAGUCAGUUCGUCGACUUCCAGUUCUUCAGAGACGGUUGUGAAGCUUCGUGGCCAAAGCAUCGAUUCGUUGCCACAGACGGUCUGCCGAAAGCCAAAGACCUCCACCGACCGGCACAGCUUGAGCCUGGACGACAUCCGGCUGUACCAAAAAGACUUCCUGCGUCUGGCGUCUCUCUGCCAGGAGACGGCUCAGAGCUACACGUUCGGAUGCGGCCACGGACUGGCGGAAGAAGGCCUUUAUUGUAACGGCUGCCUGGCUCGGCAGUGCAUCAACAUCCAGGAUGCCUUCCCGGUCAAAAGAACCAGCAAAUACUUCUCUCUGGAUCUCGCUCACGAAGAAGUGCCGGAGUUUGUCGUCUGA